GCUGCCAUGGCGACGGCGGCGGAGGAGCGCGGCCUGGACGGGGCCCCGGGGGAAGCCCCGGAUGGGGCCCGGGAUGAGGCCGCGGCCGGCGCUGAGGAAACGGUGAAGAUCAUCUGCCUGGGCGACAGCGCCGUGGGCAAGUCCAAGCUGCUGGAGCGGUUCCUGCUCGAUGGCUUCCGCCCCCAGCAGGUCUCCACGUUCGCCCUGACGCUGUACCAGCACCGCGCCCGGGUGGGCGGACAGGAGGUCCGCGUGGACUUCUGGGACACGGCGGGCCAGGAACGGUUCCGGAGCAUGCACGCCUCCUACUACCACCAGGCCCACGCCUGCAUCAUGGUGUUUGAUGUGCAGCGGAAGGUCACCUACAAGAACCUAAACAGCUGGUACAAGGAGCUGAGGGAAUUCCGCCCAGAGAUUCCAUGCAUUGUAGUGGCCAACAAGAUUGAUGCGGAUAUGAAGGUGACCCAGAAAAGCUUCAAUUUUGCCCGGAAGUUCAGUUUGCCCUUUUACUUCGUCUCUGCUGCCGAUGGCACCAACGUGGUGAAGCUCUUCAAUGACGCCAUCAGACUGGCUGUGUCUUACAAACAGCACUCGGGAGACUUCAUGGACCAGGUCCUGCGGGAGCUGGAGAGCUUUGACCUGCAGAAGACAAGCAAGGAUUUGUCGGAUACAGGGAAAAGCUGCACUGAAGAGGAGCCCUCAUCUGCCUAGACCCCGAGCCUGGUUUUCCCUUGGCUCUGGAGUUCUGGGGCCUGCACAGAGGACAGUGAUGUUUCUCGUGCCCUGGAGCUGUGGUGAUGGGCAGCUGGGCCUCUUCCCUUCUCAUGGGCGCCUACCUGGGCAGGAUCUUCGUUGGCUCGUCCCUCACUGCUGCACACUUCGCUCAGGGGAGGGAUGGGAGAAUCCACACGAUCCCACACGGACGGUCACUCACUCCUACCGCUGCUUUAGGACAGAGCUGGCUAGAAGUGAGCCACCUUGGACCUGCAGGAAGGAUCCUGCUCAGAUGCUGUAGUGGUACCUGCUGCAGAAAGCAAACACUAAAAGAUAUUUUUUACGAAGCUA